ACAACAUUGAUAAACAACAAAAUAAACUGUGUUGGAACAUGGAAACAAGCAGAAAACACUAGCACACUUGAUGUUAAAGUGGAGUUUUCUGAACAAGAUUACUAUGCAGUUCAUUCGCUUGUAACUUCUCUUCCUCAUAAGUUCGAAGGCCUUGGCUCAUCUAGUAUCAAAAAAGAGUUUUCUGGAGAAGAGUGCUUUAAAUUCCUUUUAACCACCAUGGAUUCUGUCCCAAAUAAUGUCAUUGACACACUCGGUAUUAAAGUAGAGUUUGCAGAUCAAGAUUGGUCCACAGUCCCUUCAACUUCUAAAAUUGUUUUAUGCAAACAGGAAAAUAUUUCAGCCUACUUGAUAAAGGAAAGCGACCAGUUGAUAUCAAAAGCAUUUUCAAUAGCAGUACAAAGUAUUGCAGUAAAAGAGGGAACUAAUCAUAUUGAGACUGAGAACUCUAGCUCCGGAAUAGAGAGUCUGUCUGGACCGGGAACUGUUUCUGAAUCAUCAAGGCCAGCCAACUUUACAAGUGAAACCAAUAAAGUUACAUCACAAAAAGCGACAGUAGCACAGACUACAGUCGCUGCAAACAAAAAAACGAAAAAGAAAAAGAAGAAGAAAAAUGCCUCUGGGAUUUCAAAGGCUGUUAAUUCAUUAAAUAAUUCUAAGCAAUAUGUACCGGCUAAGAAGAAUGUUCUAACUCCCAAACAAUCUCAUGAAUUAUGGAAAAAAAAUUUUUUCGUCACCAAACCCAGGUUAACUGCAGCAUCAAUGAAAAAGAAAGCCAAGCUAAUGGCUCAUGGGCUUCCUGAACAGAUAGCCACUGACCUAUGUGUAUUGGCCUUGGAUGAUCUUCUUGAGAGGAUACCUUCAUUAAAAGCGGAGUACCCAAAUAUACCUGGGCAGGUAUUGCAGAUCCCUGCAGUAAAUGCUCCCAAGACGCAAAUCGGCACAGAUAAACCUAGUCCCAUCGAUACUGCAUCUUUGCGCGUAGGAAUUCAGAACUCUGAACCCAUGAAUAAAGAAGAAAUGACAAAGGUCCAUCGCCAUCUGAUUUUAGCUAUCGCUGAGCAGUGGAAAGACGGCGGUGGGCCGGAAUUUUUGGAAUUUAAGCACAUGGAAGGCUGGAUCAUGGUAACUUGCGUAGAUCAGCGUAGUAAGGCUUGGCUCUUAGACGAAUUACAGUAUCUAGAGCCCUGGCCGGAAUCGCAACUCUCGCUUAUGCCAGAGCGAAAAUUGCCGAAACUAAAUAUAGGUAAAAUUAUUGCUUUCAUCCCUGAGUCAGAGGCAACUUCUGUCCAAGAAGCUCUGGAACUUCUCAAAGCACAGAAUAAGGGUUUCAACACUGAGCAAUGGACGCUAGUUGAUGAGACGUUAGAAAGUGGGAAGAGUUGGACUGUGACAUUCAUCAUUGACGAGGCAUCACUUAAGUCACUGGAAGCCCAGGAGUGUCGGGCUGCUAUAGGCUUCACGACAAUGAAUUUUCAAAUCAUUCCUACUGGAAUUGGAGCUACUGCUGACAUCCUUAUUAAAUCCGAGAGAUCUGAAACCAGUCAGGAAUCACCCUCUUCCUCAGCAACUACGGCUAAUGUAGCAGAAUCAGUUUCAUCAGUACCUCUACACCAGGACAAUAAGCAAAUAUCCAAAGAACCCUCAACCCUGACAGCAACAGUUACCCCAAUACGUCGCGCUAAUUGCGGUUCCCGAUCGGUUGUCCAGAAUUCAAAUUCUAUAACCACUCUACUUACACAGAAUAAUAGCCAAGGAGCUGGUAUGGGCAUGCCUCCAACGAUAGGUUAUAUAAAACAUAUGCUUCAAGAUGCCAAAGACAGGAUAGAAGAAAUGAAACAAAAGAGACUUUCCGAUAGAAGAUUUAGAUGGGGCAGAUGGGAUGAGCCGCCAACCGCACGACAGAAGAUGUUAGAAGCUAAGAACAAGAAUACUGUUCAGCCGAUCACCGGCGAGGACUUACGCCGGAGGGAAGAGACUUCAGCUACAGCUCAAGCCUCUAGUGCCCCUACUGCGGUUGCCCUGGACAGAAAUGCAACAGGAGGCAUCACAGUAAUACAACAAAACUUUCCUGCUUUACCAGCUCCAACUAAUCUUGGUGGAUUUUCUGCUCACACAACUGGAACAAAUCCACAUAUGGUGCCUUAUAGUAUGGAAAUUCCAGGCUUUGGUAUCACCAAUGCGACUGCUCUGGGUCGAAUUAUGACAGGUGUCACAGUUACCGUACCACAGCAAAAUGACUUUACUGCAGGAAGCGAAGUAGGAACUAAUCUUGGCGCAUUUUCUGCCCAGGUAACUGGAAGAAAUCCAAAUAUGGUGCCUCAUAGUAUGGAAAUUCCAGGCUUUGGUGUGCCCAAUAUAACUAGCCCGAGUGGAAUUGGGACAGGAGGUGUCAGAAUACCACAGCAAAAUGGCUUUACUGCAGGACGCGAAAUAGGAACUAAUCUAAAUGCAUUAUCUACCCAGGUAACUGGAAGAAGUUUAACUAUGAUGCCUCCUAAUACGGUAAUUCCAGGCUUUGGUGUCCCCAAUGCAGCUACCAUGGGAGGAACCGGGAUAGGAGAUAUCGCAGUAACCCAACAAAAUGUCUUUUCCGCUCCAGCUAGUCAAACGCAAGAUAUGGACUACUUUCAAGGGCCUGGUGGAGGCUCUCAGUUUGUUCAGAAUCAAAUGAUGAGUCAAAACCCUAUCAACUAUGGUGGCGUGCCAUUAGGCCAAAACAUGAGUACAGGAGUAGGCGAUGCAGCUUAUCAACAGAACAUAGCCCUUGCAACGAUGUACCCAUACUCAAAUCCACCGUACUAUAUGGAUUGUUACCAAGAUUCCCAAGCUGCGAUGUCAAUGCUUAAUCAGGAUAGUGGUCAGCAAGGCCCAGUCGCUCAAUUAUCGAGGAACAAUAAUGGAUCUGAAAGGAGCAGGGACUCUAGUCCAACUGAAGAACUUUCUGAAGAGGGAUAUAGAUCCUGGAUCAUAGAGGAAACCAAAAGAUUUGCAUCAAAUUUGGAAGACCACAGCUCUUUGGCGUCUAAAAGAGCAUUGUCACCAACACCAUCACGACCACUGCCGCCAACGCCAUCACCACCACCGCCACCAAUUAUAGGCAAUUAUUGUGCCCCAAUGGACCAAGAUCCUGAUCGCAGGUCUCCAUUUGAUCAGGAUAGUAGAGGAACAUACCAAGACAUGCAAUCAAGAUCAUAUAUGGAACGGCUAUCUCCUCAAGCUAGGGAUAGAGACUCUCCUAAUCAUAGAAGGCGUUCGUAUGAUCGAGAUAGUAUUUCAAGAUUCGAUACCCGACAGUCGCCUCAAGCUAAGACCGAUAGAGACUCGGAUAUCGAGGAUUAUGAAAGUUACAAAAGAAGCCAGAUAAUUAGAGAAAUAAAAGAGGAACAGGUUAGUCCCCCACAUGAGUUUAGGUCGCCGGAGAGACGAAGUGGUUGUAGACCCCAAAAUACCGAGGACUCUGAAAGCUAUGAAAGUAGCUGGCGUUGUACGGAGAAGAGCGAUCGGGACGUACCUUCAAGACCAAAUAGGGCAUCGCCGCAACCAAGGAGAGAUUAUGGAGACAGAGAGAUUAUGGAGGCUAUAUGGAGUCUAGUGGAAAGGAGUGAAAGAUCCGACAGAAGAUCAUCGCAACCAAGGAUAGAUUAUAGACCCCGGAAUAUCGAGGACUCUGAAUCUAAACCCGAUGAAAGGACCCGGAGUAGUAGAGAGAAAAGAGAUGAUUUGGACGGAUCCUUAAGACCCGAAAGAAGAUCACCACAGCCAAUGAAAGAUUAUACACCCCGGAAUAUCGAAGGCUCUGAAAACAAUGAAAGGAGCCGGUGUAGUAGAGAGGAAACAGAUGAUUUGAACAGAUCCAUAAAAUCCGAAAGAAGAUCACCACAACCAAUGAAAGAUUAUAGACUUCGGAAUAUUGAGGACUUAGAAACUAAUGAAAGGAACCGGAGUAGCAGGGAGGAAAAACCUCUGGAUAGAUCCUUAAGACUAGAUAGAAAAUCCCCGCAACUAAUGAAAGAUUAUAGACCCCGAAAUAUCGAGGGCUCUGAAACCAAUCAAAUGAGCCAGAUUAAUAGGGAGGAAAGAGAUGUUUUGGACAAAUUCCCGAGACCCGAUAGAAAAUCACCACAACCAAGGAGAGAUUAUACAUCCCGUAAUAUCGAGGGCUCUGAAACCAAUCAAAUGAGCCAGAUUAAUAGGGAGGAAAGAGAUGUUUUGGACAAAUCCCUGAGACCCAAUAGACAAUCACCGCAACCAAGGAGAGUUUAUACACCCCGUAAUAUCGAGGGCUCUGAAACCAAUCAAAUGAGCCAGAUUAAUAGGGAGGAAAGAGAUGUUUUGGAUAAAUCCCUGAGACCCAAUAGACAAUCACCGCAACGAAGGAUAGAUAAUAAACCCCGAAAUAUCGAGGAAUCUGAUAUCAAUGAAAAGAGGAGUAGGGAGGAAAGAGAUCUGGACAGAUCUUUAAGACCUGACAGAAAAUCACCGCAACCAAGGAUAGAUAAUAGGCCCCGGAAUAUCGAGGGCUGUAAAAGUUAUGAAACGAGCCGGAGAAGGGAGAAAGAGGAUGUUCGGGAUAGAUCUCCAAGACCAAAUAGAAGAUCGCCUCAACCAAGGAGAGAUAACAGACCCCGGAUUAUCGAAAGCUAUGAAACAAUUCGAAUUAGAAGGGAAAGGGUAAUCGAUCGGAACAGACCAAGGUUAAAUAUACCACCUCCAGUAAGAAGCGGUUUUAGACGCGAGAAUAUUCAGGACUCUCGCGCUAGGUUCCAAGAUAGGAGGCGAGAAGGCCCAGGAACUUGGAACAAAGGAAUUCAGAGGCCGAGAGAGAGGGACGGACAUGUUCGAGGCAGGUCUCCAGUCUCGUCGAGAUCAACGGCAAAACCGCGAGAUAUCCGGAGGCCCGAUAUGCGGCCGCGGCGGUAG